AUGAACGACCAGAGGGAGGCUUACUGGCAGGAGACGGGGCGAUGGGCGGGAUACGAGGAGAGCUUCGACCCUCAGUCCGGGGUCUGGGCCUCUUCAAAUAUAUCCUUCCUCACCUUCAAGAGCCUCAUACAAAUAAGACGCACUAUGAACACAGGAGUAAGUCUGUUCAAUUGUGAGGAGAAAAAUUAUGCCGCCGUUGCUGAGAAAAUGGUCAAAGAGUUGGUGAACAAAAAGGAGAUUCGUGCGGGAGAUCGAGAGGGAGUUCUCAGGGCGCUGCUUCAGAACCACAGUCCGUCCAGUAACGCGGAGACCCAGGCCCUGACCGGAGGAAGUGACCUGCGGAAGUUUGCAGUGAAGGAGAGAGUAGGAGCGCUGGACUUCCUGGAGAAGCCCACAGUGGUGUUUGUGCGUCUGAAGGAGGCGCUGGUGCUGGAGUCGGGCUUCGAGUCUCCGGGACACGUGCGCUUCAUCUUCAUCCUGAUCGGCCCCAGCAGCAGCAACAUCGACUACAGAGAGACCGGGCGAGCGAUGGCUGCUCUGAUGGCGGAUAAGGUGUUUAAUCUGGCAGCGUCACAGGCCAAAACCCCCCGAGAGCUGACGGAGGCGCUCACAGACUUCAUGGACUGCAGCAUCGUCAUUCCUCCCACUGAGAUCCAGAACGAGGCGGCGCUCACCUCCAUCAUCAACUUUCAGAAAAAAAUCUUGGAGGAACGAUGUCCGCCCAAGGAUCAAGUCUGCCUCGACAUGAAGCCCCGUAAACCCUCCAUCAUUAACGUCCCUCCCCCUGAAGACCCCCUGGCCCGCACUAACCGGCCCUUUGGGGGGAUGAUCCGAGACAUAAAGAGGCGGUACCGAUACUACAGGAGUGACAUCACAGACGCUCUGAACGCCCAGGUCCUCGCUGCCGUCAUCUUUAUCUACUUUGCUGCUCUGUCUCCUGCCAUCACCUUUGGAGGACUGCUAGCGGAUAAGGUGGACAGCAUGAUGGGAGUCCCGGAGCUCCUCAUUUCCACCAGCAUCCAGGGAAUCAUCUUCUGUUUCGUGGCAGCUCAGCCGGUGCUGGUCAUUGGCUUCUCGGGGCCUCUCUUACUCUUUGAGGAGGCCUUCUAUGCAUUCUGCCAGACCCAAGAGAUCGAGUACAUCGUGGGCAGAGUGUGGGUGGGCGUGUGGCUGAUCCUCAUCGUCGUGGUCAUUGUGGCGUUCGAGGGCAGCUUCCUGGUGCGGUACAUUUCCCGCUUCACCCAAGAAAUCUUCUCCAUCCUCAUCUCCCUCAUCUUCAUCUACGAGACCUUUGCCAAACUCGGAAGGAUCUUUGGGGCCCAUCCACUCAUUCUGAAUUAUGACCAUGUGAACGCGACUGUGGAGAAUCCCUGGAUGCCGAGGGUGGAGGAGGCCGUCGUCUAUGACAACGCCACCGGAAACACGACCGUCAUCAUCAGGACCAUAAAGCCGCCGUAUCCCAACACUGCUCUUCUGUCCAUGUUCCUGAUGCUGGGAUGUUUCUUUAUCGCGUUCUUCCUUCGCCAGUUUAAAAAUGGCACCUUUCUUCCUGGGAAGGUGAGGCGGUUGCUGGGAGACUUCGGCGUGCCCAUUGCCAUCUUCCUCAUGAUCUUUGCAGACUAUGGCAUCGAGGACACGUACACUCAGAAACUCACGGUUCCCAAGGGUCUGAUGGUGUCCAACCCGGCCAAAAGGGGCUGGCUCAUUAACCCGUUUGGGGAGCACAAGCCGUUUCCUGCCUGGGUCAUGUUCGCCUGCUGCGUCCCGGCUUUACUCGUCUUCAUCCUGAUCUUUCUGGAAUCGCAGAUUACAACUCUAAUCAUCAGCAAACCAGAGAGAAAGAUGGUGAAGGGCUCGGGCUUCCACUUCGACCUGCUCCUCCUGGUCGGGAUGGGGGGAGUGGGCGCCAUCUUUGGAGUUCCCUGGCUGAGUGCGGCCACGGUGCGCUCAGUCACCCACGCCAACGCUCUCACCGUGAUGAGCAAAGGCCCCAAACCCAUGAUCGAGAAGGUGAUGGAGCAGAGGGUCAGUGGGAUCCUGGUGGCCUUGUUGGUCGGUCUGUCGAUUCUCAUGGAGCCGAUCUUGAAGUUGAUCCCAAUGUCCGCUUUGUUUGGGAUCUUCCUUUACAUGGGAGUGACCUCUCUCAACGGCAUACAGCUGUGGGAUCGCAUUCUUCUUCUCUUCAUUCCCAAAAAAUACCAUCCGAAUGAGCCCUACGCCACCAGAGUGAGCACAGGACGGAUGCACUUCUUCACAGCCAUCCAGGUGGCGUGUUUGGCCGUCCUGUGGAUUGUGAAGUCCAGCCCUCUGUCUCUCGCUCUCCCCUUCGUGCUCAUCCUCACCAUCCCGCUGCGAAUGUUCAUGACGGGCCGAGUCUUCACCGACCUGGAGAUGAAAUGUUUGGACGCGGACGACGGCAAAGUGACGUUUGAGGAGGAGCCGGGGCAAGACGUGUACUGUGAAUCGCAGAUGCCGCUGUAG